UGGGUGCGCGCGAUGAUACGCGCAAUGUUAGGUUAGAUGUCGCGUCGUGUAAAUUUCAGGCGAUGAUGCGGUAUCGCGUUCGUUUCGAGUCGACGAGAAAAAACUUGUAAUUUCCUCAUUGUAAUACAUCGACGUCUGUGAGUAGCCUGAAGAAAAUGAUGGUCAAAUUGGAAAAGAUAGUAAGCUGUUCUUCGGAGCAUCCGACGUAUCCCGCUGCUAAUCUCCUUCAGCAGAGUUCGGAGAACUGGAAGGCCACAUGGCGAUGUGCCAAACCGGGCGAGAUGUUGGCUCAUGUGAUUUUUCAGCUCACCGAACCAGCGUAUAUCACGGGAGUCGACAUUGGCAAUUAUCAGAGCUGCGUAGUUAUUGUUUCUGGCUCAAAGUUGUCGGAGCCUGACAACUGGACAGUCAUAUUGAAUCAUAAGUUUAUGACAAACGACGAGGCUGCGAACAAUAAAUUCAGGGACCAAGUACAACUGUUCACCAAGAGGGAACUGAAUCCAGACACCCUGACAAUUAAAUUCGAUCGGAUCAAAGUCACUUGUAUGCAAUCUGCAAAUUUAAAGGUACUGUUUGGAUUGUCGUACGUUAUUUUGAGGUCUGAUCCUACAAUAGAUUUGGGUCUGGAUGUAUUUGGCAGAUUUAAAUUGAAACAGCCACAUGUCUUGAAAACACCUUUGGAAAUGAUGAAAGAAAAGUUGUCUGAUAAAACGGAGAACGAGAAGACGGAUUACAAGACUGAGUUGCGUGAGCAGAUAAGAAGGAAUUCGAUGGAAAAUUUUGCAAAAUGCCAAGAAGAACGGAAGAGACCUAUGAAGAGACCGUUGUUGGAAAAGUUGGAAGCUGGAGAAGCUGACCAAGUUUUUGGAAAGACAAAUCAGAAUGCAAAAGAUAAAAACGAAAGUAAAGACAAAAUAGUGAAAACAAAUCUUGGGAAUACCGACAAUACUUUGAACGAGAAAAUGGUUACCAGAACACCUUUUGGUGAUAUCGUAUCUUCUGCGAGUUCUGCUGAUAACAGUAAGUGCAACGUAACAACUACGAGUCAGGAUUCUUCAAGUUUGAAAAAACGUCACUUGAGCCAACUGGAGGAUUCAUCGAACGCAACGUCUAAUGAGAGGAGUAAACACGAGUGUUAUGAAUGUUGUACUAAUAAUUCGCAGGAUCAGCCAUGCAAAAUUUGUCAACGAUUGCCACUCGCGACGGUCGAGUGUAGCGAUUCGAAAAAAAACAACUCUCCAAAAAAGUCCAGAAAAUCCUUUAAACAACUAUUUAGCGAUGUCACAUUCUCACUCAGCGGAUACGUCAAUCCACAGAGAGAUGAAAUCAGAAGGAAGGCGCUCGACAUGGGCGCCAGAUACGUACCAGAUCCAAAUACAACUAAUAAGAGAUGCACGCACUUGAUCUGUGCUUUUAAAAAUACACCAAAAUAUCAACAGUUCAAGAAUUACGCAAAGAUCGUCUCUCACACCUUCAUCGAGGAAUGUUACAACAAAAGAGUCAGAUUGUCCUGGAGGCGAUACGCUUUAGAUCGGAAGGACAAAUCGCAACCUGAGAGCGAGGAAGAAAUUGAUGGCAAUCAACCGGAAUCUGUAUACGAUAUGGACACCGACGCCGAAUCUGAUUGUUGAUAUUUCGGUUCAUGUCCAAUGUUUCAUUCCUCUGUCAUAAUUUAAUGAUUAUUAUAAUUAAUGUCUUAAAUUAUUAAUGGUGUAUUUUGUUGGUGUGCGCGCGCGCGCGCCUAUGCGUGUAUUUUUCGACGCAAUUUUCGAUGUAGUUACAGCAAGUAUAUUCCAAAUUAACCAAGUAAUGUUAUUUAAGAAGAGAAAAUAUAUUUUUGCACAAUUACAAAAUAAUAAUAAAUAUGUCAAUUAAUAUUAA